GACUUCGUGAUCGAAAAUGCGUGUCGUUUAUUUGAACCGAAUAACCCGCUCCACGAAUCGCGAAUUGGAAAAUUAUAUCGAUUGUUUCCUCUGCCAGGUUUCCAGAUAGCACGCGACGGGGCAACAAGGAGUUGCAUAAGGGGACGAACUCGAGGAAUUGCGCAAUACGUGUAUUUGUCCGAGGCAAAUAGAAGAAUGCGGGCAUCCUCGAUCGAGUUACUGGUCGUCGGCUUGUCGCUACUGCGCUUCGUCGAUCCUCUUCGCAACGAUAACGUUCAGAGGUCUUAUUCGGUGAGCUAUGACUCGUCUCUUCCUUUUAUAUCGCAUCCGAGCGUGUAUAACGUUCGCGAAGGAUACGAUUCCUCGAGCAUCGACGAGCGUUUGCCACGCGUGACGAACGAAGAGAAGAAGGUUGUUGGCGGUUUGGAUUCGUCGAGUUAUCCUGAAAGAAUAUCGGAAGCGAUAUUUCUGCCGAUACCCGCUAUACCGACGGAGUAUCGAGAUUAUGGGUUGAAUUAUGAUCGUUCAACGAAGGAAGAUGAGAUAAAUCUCAAAGAGGAGGAUAAAGGGAGUAGCUCGAUCGAGAGAGAAAUUAUAGAAAAAAUGAAAAUCCUCGAUAAAUUUUUAUCCGAAGAUGCAAAGGAUCUUGAUGUGAACGGAAUCGAGGAUAAUAUCAUCCCUGAAGAGUCGAAGAGAGUCGUCAGAGAGGUGAAGAAGCAGAAGCCAGGAUUCUUUUGGACUCUGGCGAAACUCACGUUUGAGAUGAUCAACGACACGAAAUCGGCGAUCAAGCAGAUCAGUGACAUUAUCAACAACAGUAUAGCGCCAGAUUCGGCCACUCAGAGUACGAUGACGAAGGCGUCUUUGAUGGCUUCACAAUCGAAGAGCAAUGAAACGACCAAUCUGAACGCAACAGAUGCGCCUACGACCACCACGCAACCCACCUUGACCAGAGACGGUUUGCAGAAAUUAAUCAGGCGAAACGUGCUGGGCCUCGUUAGACUUUUCAACAUUGAGUGGAACGAUGCUCUGAAUCAAUCGGAAACGAACGUGAAAGAGUUUCAGAAGAAUCUAGGAAACCAGGUGGGCCUUUAUCUUCGCGAUAAUCCAGAGGCGUACAAGGACAUUUAGAGAAUAUUCUUUUUCUACAACGAUCCUUAGUAUCCAUUCUCGUAGCACGUAGUUAGCAAAGACUGAAAUUUUUAUUUUAUAAAAUUAUUAUUAUUUAUAAAACUGUGGUUUUCCAAUCCACAAGAACGUGUAAUUAUUAUUUUUUUUUUUUUACCAUCCGAAUUAAAUCAAAGUUGAAAGUAAAUUUCAAAUUGUCAUAAAAACGACUCGAGAAUGACUCGAAAAGUUUAUUGUAAAAGUAAAAGAGGCGAGCACGAUCGAGAAACGUUUCAAAAACGCUCACAAAAGAUCUUACAUCACCUAGUAAAGAUCAUCGUCCGAUAUUUA